AUGGGGUCAUGGCUACGAGCGCCGGACGGGGCGGCGAAGGGAGGGAGGGUGACGAUCAUCGGGUUUGGCUCGCUCAUGGAUCCGUCGUCGGCGUCUCAGACCAUGAGAGGUUCAAACAUGCGCAGAGGAACAGUCGAUGGCUUCUGCCGAGUGUUCAACCUAGUCUCCAUCAUAAACAUCGCCAGAGGGUAUGCUAAGAACCGCGAGCUUGCGACCUGUACAGCCAUGCGCAGGGAGAACAGCUUCCUCCGCGUCUCUCUCAUGGACAUUGAUAAGGAGGAGUACGAGGCCUUUGCUCGGAGGGAGGCACGACUGCGGCAUGAGGUGGUAGAGUACGUCUCGGAUGAUGGGGAUCGAGGGGUAGGUGUGAUAUGCACGGCAUACAGCGACGAAGAAUAUCGCAAAGAGCGCGUAAGGGAUGAUGAUGAUUACUUCGAGCAAGUGGGGAAGCUCUACGACGGAAAGCUUUACAGGAAUGAUCUGCUUCCUGUGCCUAACUACCUUAGGAUGGUAGUCAGGGCUCACAUGCGCCAUGGAGACGAUUUUCUCGAUAACUUUCUGGAUCAUUCGUUCUUGGGUGACGGUACAAGGAUGCGUGAUUACGCCGCAUGUAUGGAGAUAGUAUCUUCACUAAAAUCCGAGCUCGAAGCAUGUUGA